GUUGGUGUUUCGGUCAGCGGGACAACGCGGCAGCGGCUCUUCAAAGCGAAGCCGGGAGUUUUCGCCACUCUUGUCGCCGCCAUGAGCCGCAGUUAUAACGAUGAACUGCAGUUCUUGGAAAAGGUCAAUAAAAGCUGCUGGAGAAUCAAGAAGGGCUUCGUGCCCAACAUGCAGGUUGAAGGAGUUUUCUAUGUGAAUGAUGCUCUGGAAAAAUUAAUGUUUGAAGAAUUAAGGAAUGCCUGUCGAGGUGGUGGUGUUGGUGGCUUCCUGCCAGCCAUGAAACAAAUUGGCAAUGUGGCCGCCCUGCCUGGGAUUGUUCAUCGAUCCAUUGGGCUUCCUGAUGUCCAUUCAGGUUAUGGGUUUGCUAUUGGGAAUAUGGCAGCUUUUGAUAUGAAUGACCCUGAAGCAGUGGUAUCCCCAGGUGGCGUCGGAUUUGACAUCAACUGUGGUGUCCGCUUGCUAAGAACCAAUUUAGACGAAAGUGAUGUCCAGCCUGUGAAGGAGCAACUUGCCCAAGCUAUGUUCGACCACAUUCCUGUUGGGGUGGGGUCGAAAGGCGUCAUCCCAAUGAAUGCCAAAGACUUGGAGGAGGCCUUGGAGAUGGGUGUGGACUGGUCCCUAAGGGAAGGCUAUGCCUGGGCUGAAGACAAGGAGCACUGCGAGGAGUACGGAAGGAUGCUGCAAGCCGACCCCAGUAAGGUCUCUGCCAGGGCCAAAAAGAGAGGCCUUCCCCAGUUGGGGACUCUGGGAGCAGGCAACCACUAUGCAGAAAUCCAGGUUGUGGAUGAGAUUUUCAAUGAGUAUGCUGCUAGGAAAAUGGGCAUCGACCAUAAGGGACAGGUGUGUGUGAUGAUCCACAGUGGAAGCAGAGGCUUGGGCCACCAAGUAGCCACAGAUGCGCUGGUAGCUAUGGAAAAAGCCAUGAAGAGAGACAAGAUUAUAGUCAAUGACCGUCAGUUGGCUUGUGCUCGAAUCGCUUCCACAGAGGGUCAGGACUACCUGAAGGGAAUGGCAGCGGCCGGGAACUAUGCCUGGGUCAACCGCUCUUCCAUGACCUUCUUAACCCGUCAGGCUUUUGCCAAGGUCUUCAACACAACCCCUGAUGACUUGGACCUACAUGUGAUCUAUGAUGUUUCUCACAAUAUUGCCAAAGUAGAACAGCAUGUGGUGGAUGGAAAGGAACGGACUCUGUUAGUACACAGGAAGGGAUCCACCCGAGCUUUCCCUCCUCACCAUCCCCUCAUUGCGGUUGAUUACCAACUCACUGGACAACCUGUGCUCAUUGGCGGCACCAUGGGAACCUGUAGCUAUGUUCUCACUGGCACUGAGCAGGGCAUGACCGAGACCUUUGGAACAACUUGUCAUGGAGCGGGCCGUGCACUGUCCCGAGCAAAGUCAAGGCGUAAUUUAGAUUUCCAGGACGUCCUAGACAAAUUGGCAGACAUGGGAAUUGCAAUCCGUGUUGCCUCACCCAAGCUGGUUAUGGAAGAGGCACCUGAGUCUUAUAAGAAUGUGACUGAUGUGGUGAACACCUGCCAUGAUGCCGGAAUCAGCAAGAAGGCCAUUAAACUGACACCGAUUGCUGUUAUCAAAGGAUAGAACCCUGACGGCAGCCACUGGACACCACUGACCCUCACUGAAGUGGACGUGGACUGAAAUGCUCUUCAGACAUCAGACUCGAGACCUGACAGGUUCCAGGGUGUGCAGGUGUAGCUGCCCGUUCCAGAAUGGCUGGUGGGGAGGCUCCUGAUUCAGGAACCAAUGUUGUAAACUUUCCUUCUGGGAGGAGUCACAAUGCCUGCAUUUGGAAAGGGAUGUAUAUGCUUCCUCCCUGAUUAUCCCACAGGUUUUUAGGAAAGUCUGUUAGGGGGUGGGGGUAAGUCAAGAAACUGCCUUACUCAGUCAUACAAGUCUUUAAUCAUCAGAAUGAAGUUCUUUACACCAACCUUUGUUUCCAGCCUGAGAGGUGUCAUGAAGAACAUUGUAUUAAAUAGGAAGGUUUGGGAAUGUUUCUUUUUGCCCUCUGUUUGUCAGUUUAUCCAUUUAGCCACUCAUAUACCCGCUUCCCCUGCACUGAGCAAAACCCUAAAUACCAUUCUUACUUGGAGCAUAUAAAAGGGUCAUAGCAAGAUGUUAGAUGGAUAAUGAGAUACGUUAUGGAGGGGUUAUGUGUGGAGGCGUAGGGAUAGGGACCCAAAAGAGAAAGUAAUUCAUCAUAGACUUGCUACCUUUGUCAUUCUAACUAUGAGGCAGACUUCUGACUUCCGUGUAAAAGUGGCAUCAGCUGGUAUCUUUAAUUAGGCCUAGUCUGGCAGACUUUUCUUGAAUAAUAACUUGCACAGCAGCAGCAGAGAACCCUCAGAUAAUACAGAUAUCUUUACAUUUAUGAUUGAAUUAUUAUAAAAGCAUCAAAAGGCCGCAGCUAUGAUGUUAAUGGUUACUCUGUGUUGACAGGUUGGCUAGUCCUUGUGCCACCUAAUCAGAUUAGGUAUUAUAUAUACUGUGACACCCAAAGAUGUUAACGUUAUAGGUUACUAAGGCCAUAGUUGAGUCUAAAUAGCCAGUAAAAUAGAAGAAUCUAAUAAAGUUGUAAUACGUUGUUUAUAUUUUGUGCUUAAUGUUUUAUGGCUUAGGAUAAUUAGUAUUUUUUCUUGGUUCACUUUGGACAGUGUUUCUGUUUUCUGAUUUUCUCCCUGGUUGCUUUCAGAGAUGCACCCUAAAAGAUAUUCUUUUCUAACACUUACCUCUCAACAUAUAAUAAAACCCCCCAUUGGAGUGUCUUCUAAAUGCUGUUUGGAAGACUAGAGAAAAGCAGACUUCCUCUGAAAAAUGUAUGAUAUGAAAUAGCAUGUCUUGACUCUGAGCACUCGGUAACUUUAAUGGUUUUGAUGGUAGAGUUUGAAAGUUAUCAGUAAGUUAGUAAUUGUAAUGCGAUAAUUAUGCAUUAGUUAUGCCUCCAGAUUGGACCAGCAACUGUUGUGCACAGAUGACUUAAGGAUGUAGGUUACCUGUGAACGCUGGAGGGCAUUUAAAGAUGAGAAACAGGCUUCUGGCAAGUGCUAGAUUCUCUAGAGAUGAGGCAACACUGAGUGUCUGAGUGGACUUCCUCUAACUGGGCUUUCCCAGUGAUGUUGUUUGAAACAGAUUCAUAGCAAAGUCCUCUCCCAAAACUAACUGAUGUCAGUGCAAGAAAUGCUGCAGAUCGUCUUAAAUACAUAGGUUGCGUUUUAUUGGAUGCUUUGAAAGUCACUCUUUGGGAAGGGAAGAGGGGAGCAGGUGAGGAGGAGAAAUAGAGAAGGAUGGUUUGUGCCAUGGCAUUUCUGUAUUAUAAGCUUUUCUUAUAUGUAGCAUUUCUACCAAACUUGACCCUAUUAAUGACCUUGGAAAGUAAUGGUUAAUAUUUUGAGUUCAAAAAGAAAACUACAAACAUUGUUUUCCUUGUUCUAAAGAUGUUAUUUUCCCAUUUGAGGCAAAAAGCCACUUAAAAGUGAAUGUUCAAAUGAAGCUGAUGUAACGGACUGUUUUUACUGCCCUGAGUAAAAGAACCCCAUGCCUGGGCGCAUGGACGCAGCUGGGAAAACCCUUUGAUAAGGCACUGUCUGGUUUUCUCAGGCAUGAAGAUGAGUCUUAUUACUAUGCACGUAUUUGUCCCUUUUUCAGCCCUCUAAAGUCAGUAGGUUUAUCAUUAAUAUUUUCAAAAGCACUGCCGUUCACACAUUGAUGAUGGGCUGUAUCAUUCCUGUCAUCAGCAUAUGGUUGGGAAAACCAGUUCAUGAGAUAUAAACAAAAUAUGAACAUUCACUAAUUUUCUAAUUUUGUGAAUAUUUUGUGGAGCAACAAGGAACUGAAGGUUUUUUUUUUAGGUUUUCCUAUUUUGUUUGCGUAAGACUGCUUUUUUCCCCUCAUGUUCAUUUUAAAGUUUCUUUCUCCUAUUUCUGAAAAUUGCCUUUAAGCAUCACCUAUAUUGCUGGAGUGUUCGCAACUCUCUGUGCCUGCUAUUCCAAUACACAACUAACAUAGCCUCUCUGUCCGUACUUCUCACCUAUGUCCUUAUUGUUACAUCUGCUCCAUUGCUUGACUAUGUAGGAUUUUCAUGUUGUCCAGAGAGCAUGAUUUGGGUCCAUCUGGAUCAGUUGAGUUUGAAGAUGCUGUUAAUUAUUAAUCAAGCACCUUGGAGUAUGCAAAGUUGUUAUGAUAGAUUCUGAUCUUUAAAAGAUCUUGCUUUAGGGCUUCCCUGGUGGCACAGUGGUUGAGAGUCCGCCUGCCGACGCAGGGGACACGGGUUCGUGCCCUGGUCCGGGAAGAUCCCACAUGCCGCGGAGCGGCUGGGCCCGUAAGCCAUGGCUGCUGAGCCUGCACGUCCGGAGCCUGUGCUCUGCAACAGGAGAGGCCACAACGGUGAGAGGCCCGCAUACCGCAAAAAAAAAAAAGAUCUUGCUUUAAAACUAAUAUCUGAAACACCAGUGAUCCGAAGAGAAGAUAAUGUUAUAAGGGGAACAUGUCAUAGAGAACUGAGUAGUGAUUGAAGUUGUACCUUGCAGACAGACAUGUUGUAAAUGAACAAAGUGCCAAGCAUAUAGUAGGUGCUUAACACAUUAAAAAUCAUCAUUCCUGGGGUGAGGGAUCAGAGAAAAAGAAAAAAUCACCAUUCCUGCUUUGCAGUUUACCCAACAUUUUUACAUAUGGUUUUAGUCCUUAAUAAAUGAGGGAGGACUGACAGGCAGGGUCGACGCCCCUACUCAGCCUUGAAGCAGUUACAGAAGACUGACCAUUGCCCCUUGCUUCCCAUUAGAAUGUGGGAGUAAAAUCUCUGAGGGGGGGAUGAAACAGAAGGUGAGGGGUCAGGGCACAACCUUUAAAAGAAUGACAUAGCCAUAGGACAUGACAAAAACUGGUUAGAACCAACUAGAUCCAAGAUGGUGAAAGAUUCACCUUCCAAUGGACCUUUGAGCCUCAUUAUAUGCUCAUUGUAAUACAUUAGCAUAUGCUGAAUGACAUGACACCCACAGGUGUCAUGACAGUUCCUAGGCCGACCAUCAAAGGUCAAAAAGUGAGUGGUGGCCCAGUUUCUGGAAAUCUCCACCCCUUCUCCAAAAUAGUUAGAAUAAUCCUCCCACUCAUUAGCCUAUGAAAUUACCCAGCCCAUAAAAACUAACAACCCCAUAUUCCAGGGCCUCUAGCCUUUUGAGAUGGACUGCAUUCUGUAUGUGGAAUGUGUAUCUCUCUAAAUAAGUUCACUUCUUAUCUAAAAGGAGGGAGGGAGGAUUGUGUGAGCCAUUCACUGGAAUUUAAUGAAGUUGGCAAGAUAGGUAUUAUCGCAUCAUUACAAAUUAGAACGAAGCCUCAAAGAUCAAGCAGCUUGGGGACCUCCCUGGUGGUGCAGUGGUUAAGAAUCCGCCUGCCAAUGCAGGGGACACGGGUUUGAUCCCUGGUCCGGGAAGAUCCCACAUGCCACAGAGCAACCAAGUCCGUGUGCCACAGCUACUGAGCCCAUGUGCCACAACUACUGAAGCCUGCGUGCCUAGAGCCUGUGCUCCGCAACAAGAGAAGGCAUCACAAUGAGAAGCCCACGCACCACAACAAAGAGUAGCCCCCACUCGCUGCAACUAGAGAAGACCCAACGCAGCCAAAAAUAAAACUUAAAAAAAAAAUCAGUUUGCCCAAGGACAAGCUUGCCCAAGGGCACCAACUAAUGACAAAGCCAGGCAUAGAGAGCCAGGUGUUUUGACUCCCAAGUUUAAUUUUUUUUUUUUUUUUUU